CUUCACUUUAUUCUUGUAAUAAUAUUUUUAUUUUUUCCCGGCAAAUUUUGCUUAUAUGAUUACUGAUUUUUACUGAUGAUAACUUCUUCAGGUUUAAUCAUUACACGCAUUUUAAAACAAUAUGCAAGCAUUUCUUAAAACAGGUAAAAUAUCAGCUACUGAUAAGCCCUCUUCAUCUGGAAUAAAGACUUCAACAAAAAAGAAACCUCCAGCGCCGUGGGUUGAGAAAUAUCGGCCGAAGACUAUAGAUGACAUAGUUGACCAAGGAGAAGUGGUACAAGUUCUUCGAGAAUGUUUGUCAGGUGGGGACUUGCCGCAUUUGUUAUUUUACGGCCCUCCUGGUACAGGGAAGACGAGUGCUAUUCUUGCGGCUGCCCGACAACUCUUUGGAGAUAUAACACGCGACCGUGUAUUAGAAUUAAAUGCAUCUGACGAACGCGGUAUCCAGGUUGUUCGGGAUAAAGUGAAGGCAUUUGCUCAACUUACUGUUAGCGCCACUAGACUUGAUGGACGACCCUGCCCUCCAUACAAGUUGGUGAUAUUGGAUGAGGCUGAUUCUAUGACAACAGCAGCACAGGCAGCACUACGGCGUACAAUGGAACGUGAAACACGAACUACUAGGUUUUGCUUGAUCUGCAAUUAUGUCUCUAGGAUCAUACCUCCAAUUACAAGUAGAUGCUCAAAAUUCAGAUUUAAGCCUCUUGCAAGGGAAAAUGUUAUUAAAAGAUUACGUGAAAUAUGUGAAGCAGAGGGUGUUGAUGUUGGUGAAGGUGAUGUACUUCAUCAGGCAGUAGACACAUGCGAAGGGGAUCUCCGUCGUGCUCUCACUGCACUGCAGUGCUGCCAGCGAUUAUUAGGAAAAAUCACAGCCGAUGGUCUUAUUGAGGUGACGGGCCUUGUUCCUGAAAAUACAGUAAAUGAGUACCUGAGCGUCAAGAAUUACAGUGAACUAGAGAAGUUUGUUGAUAAGUUCCUAAUGGACGCUUAUUCGGCGUCGCAACUCUUGGAACAAUUGAGUGCCACCGUGGUGACCGCCGGCCAUCUUACCAACAAACAGAAGUGUGUUAUUAGUGAAAAGGCAGCGGUGUGCUCGCAUCGGCUCCUCGACGGUGGCGCGGAGUUCAUGCAGCUCACAGACCUCGGGUGCACCAUAAUAACGGCCAACAAUGACCCAUGAUGCUUAUUCCGAGAGAGAGAGAGAGAGAGAGAAAGAGCACCUCUCUCUUUUUUUUUCUUGUUGCUAAGGUUAAGAUGGCAUUUAUUAUUUUUGAAAUCGCAUUAUGAAAUUUGGUGCAUUUUGAAGAAUGAGGUGAUUCCUAUUUUAUAAAAGUAAUGGUACCACAAUGUAACUUAGUAUUUUAAUAACACUAUUAAAAUGAUUUUUUUUAUAUUAUUAAGUAAUGUUUGUCCUUUAUUCUCAUUUUCCUCCAUUUUUUGCCAACCACCGGCGGCUAACGGGCCUUUUUUCGUAUUAAUCUUUGUAUUAAUCAUACUUCAUCUACAGAAUUGUAAGAAUUCUAGUGUUAGUAAAAUUUUUGUAAAGAAAAUGCUGAGUUAAGUUGUAUGAAAC